AUGACCGCUUUAAUCGAAGCUCUGGUAUGGAGGAAGCCCUUCCUGGCAGCCCUCGUCGUGCUGCAUACUACAAUCGUCUUUGCUGCCACCCAGCCAGCAAGCUCUUUGGUCUCCAACAAUGAGGAUUCGCAUGUUUUGCUGCAGUAUGUCACCCCAGAGACAGCACAAGACAUGCAACCUAAGCAUGCCGCAGUGGAUAUGAUUGGUCGUGCCUCACCGUCUGAUGGCGAGAUAUCGCCGACCAAAUUGACAUAUUUUCGAGGAAGCAUAGAAAAAUCAGAUUAUGCAGAAGAUUUCAAUCGUACCUUAGAAGACAACCGUAUCUUAGAAGGCAAUGCUUCGCUUAUGGCUUCCAGUUCUUCAAGCUCGCAGGAUCAGGUGGAAGGGGAACUACCCUUGGUCGAAGAAAACUCAAUGCCUGCCGUCAUCAGAAAUCUACCAACUGUCGCAGCUGCUUCAUCCGUUUUAAGCUCUACGUCUUUAACUGUAUGGAUUCGUCUGCUAAAAUUCCUUAAGUUUAUAUCGAAGUUACCGAAGAAAAGCAACAAGCCAAAGUGUGAAGAGGAACCAGGCCAGAAGUACAUUGCAAAGAUUCUACACAAGGCAAAAGUAUCGAAAUGGUGGAAGAAUAGAAAUAGCACUGCGACAGACACUUCAGACGACAAAACGACAUCCGAGGAUGCCACCAAUACGGUUACGCUGUCGAAUGGGAACGAAAGCCUACAAGCGACGUUUGUCCGCGUGUUGGAAACAAAUCCGCGUUUCGUAGAUACGCUAGUCAAAGAUGACUCAGGGCAUUAUUGGAUUGGCAGGCUCUAUACCGAUGUUGAGGGAAAUGAUAGAGCGGUGGACUUCUUGGAGCAAGACUUUUUCAUUGCGAAGAUGGACCCGCAAGGGGAACCGCUUGCAACGUUUAGGCGUAGCCUAAAACUGGAUAUUCCAAUUAAUUUGUAUGAGUUUCGGGGUCUCGGAAACUACGUGCAAUCUCCAGACGGUCAGACCUUCCUCAACGCUGUUUCCCGCCGUCCUUACAUACACACAACAUCAGAGACCGUCAUUGCCAAUGCUGGAUCCUCCACAAGAGGACAAAGAGCACUUUUAAGUAUGUCCCAACAGGCCGUGCGUGCCGUCGCAACUCUCAACUGUGCGACUCUGGUUCAUACGAACAUCUAUCCAAGGGCCUUUCUAAUCACCGAAACGGGUUUGGUCUUCCUUAGUAAUUCGUGGCAAUCUGUUAGGAAGGGGACUACCCUGUCGGGAAAUUCAUUUGCUACAGCAGUGUUUGUUCCUCCUGAGCUACAAACGACUACUGACGAUACAGAGCUGCCUACUGCAUGCCCAUCGCAAGACGCAUGGCAACUGGGCAUGACACUUUACACUUUCUGGUGCAAGUCGGUUCCCGUGACUUCGGGAGAUACCAUAGGUUAUCAAAAAUGCAACACAAGAAUGCCUGAAGAGAUGAAGAACCUUAUUAGUGGAUUCUUAAAGACUGAUCCCGAGAGCCGGCUGCUUCCGGAGCUCGUCGCUUGGCAGGAUCCUGCCAUGUUGCUUCCCAUCCCUCCAGGAACAAGGUCCAAAAUCGAUGUCGAUCCAAACGAGGAGACGGAUACAAAUGUGGAGUGA